CAACUAUCUACAGAUUAUUUUUAAUUCACAGAAUAAAAUGGGAGGGAGGAAGAAAGACGUCGAAAACUUGAAUUCUCUGCCAAAAGGAAUUCUCAAGAGAGAAAACAGGAUAACCUUCAAAAAUCUUCCAUCAAUGGAUGACAGUUCUGAUGAAAUUGAACCAAUUGAAUUGCGUGGCAACAAUGAUGCAGAGAAGAAAAGUGAAAGUGUCAGGAUUUCAUCAAGAGUUGUGAGUGCCUAUGAACCCUGUCCAACAGAAACUGGAUUUAAGACGUUAUCUUCUCUCAUUGUUCUGAAGGUGUUGAUAUUAGAUAUUGGACUAUCCUUAGUGGACGUGGUUUCCGACUUUAUGCAGGUUAGGCUUGUGUCACUGGACAAACCAGGACUAGAACUGUUAAACUUGGUGACUGGACAAACCAGGACUAGAACUGUUAAACUUGGUGACUGGACAAACCAGGACUAGA